UCAACUUCUUCCCCUUCCAAACUCAUACCAAUUAAACAUUAAUUGUUUAUGUUCUAACAAUUAAAGUUGGAUUCUUUAAGGGCAUGCUUUUGGUCUUUACCUAUGUAUAAGUCAAAAGAAGACAGGGAUAUAGUCAUAUCUAAAGGUGGUGGAGAUGGAGAUGGAGAUGGCGAUGUUGCCUCAAGUUCAGGGAAGACCAAAAUUCUUCAUCCACCCAUUGAAAGCCAUUGGCAUCUCCCUCCUCAAGACAAACACAGGCCUUCAUCUUCAAUGUCAAACUUAGGCCUCAAGACAAUGAUCAAGUUCCGCGACUCGUUCAAGAAGCUUGGAGGGAGUAGCAGCAGCAUCAGCAGCAAUAAGAGCUUGAAAACGGUUCUCGGAGGAGUUCGUGAUCCAAAGGAUGAAAACGUUGUAGAGCGUUUCAGAGAACUGCUUUUCCUUGAGGGCCAGCUUCCUCCACAGCACAAUGAUUAUCAUACCCUUUUAAGGUUUCUUAGAAUGAGGGACUUUGACUUUACAAAAGCAAAAGAUGCCUUCUUGAGUUAUCUUAAGUGGCGCGAGGAUUAUAUGGUUGAUGCAAUUCCAAAGGAGUUUAAGUUUGAGGAGUAUGAAGCAGUAAAGAAAUGCUAUCCUCAUGGAUAUCAUGGGGUAGACCGGUACGGUAGACCGUUGUACAUCGAAAGAAUCGGAAUGGUAGACCUUAACAAGCUUCUGCAAGUAACUAACCUUGAAAGAUUUGUCAAGUAUCAUGUGUCGGAACAAGAGAAAACAUUGAAUUGGAGAUACCCUGCAUGUUCACUUGCAGCCAAGAGGCAUGUAGCAUCUACAACAAGUAUUUUAGAUGUGCAUGGAGUGGGAUUGGCUAAUUUCUCAAAGCCUGCUAGAUAUCUCUUCAUGGAAAUUCAGAAGAUUGAUAGCAAUUACUACCCAGAGACUCUAAAUCGGCUGUUUAUUGUGAAUGCUGGAUCUGGGUUUAAAAUGCUGUGGAAAGCAGUGAAGGCUUUCCUUGACACACGCACAUUAGCAAAGAUUCAGGUGCUGGGAUACAAUUACCAAAGUAACCUGCUUGAUGUUGUUGAUCAAAGCAAUUUGCCAACUUUUCUGGGUGGUGGCUGCACCUGUUCUGAUUAUGGAGGCUGCCUUUUAAGUGACAAAGGACCCUGGAACAAUCCAGAUAUUACAGAAAUGCUUCAAGCAAUUUCUGCAGACAAUAAUGGGGUCAACAAUUAUGAAGAAAAUGGUAAUUUGGAUUCAGAUGAGGGGCUUUUACGAAAUAUAAAAAUCAAGGCCUUGGAAGCAGAAUUUAGAGAGGCCAACAAAAAAAUUCAAGCAUUAGAAGCUGCACUUGAGGAAGCCAAGAUAGUCUUGAAAGAACUUGGCCAGCAGGUUGAAGAGCUGAGAUCAACUCCUUGGGAAGGAUAGCCCAGCUCAUCAAAUUAUCAAAUAAAUGUGUAUCUUUCUAGGGGAGCGCUAUUCGUGCUCCUACGGUCUAUAUAUAAUUUAACCUCUCUCGUACUCCUGCGGAUACAUUCUUGUAGAAAUGCAGAGAAGUUAAUAUAAAGGAGCACGAAUAACACUCUCCCUUUUCACAAACUAAACAAUAUUUUCAAGGACCUUUAUUCGCUCUUGUUUCUGUCAAUAAACCAAGUGAUUGUCAUUAGAGACGGUACAAUUUAAGUUGAGAUUUUCUAUUUAA